CUUUUCCCCUCCUUUCCUCCCUCCGGUUCAUUUUUUGGAACACACCCGGUUCAAUUUCCUCCUUAUUUUUCUUGUUGCAACAACAAUGUUCUUCCACGAAGAAGCCGAAGCGGUUCAGUCCUCAUACUUUCCGGUUCUCGAAACCAUGUUCACUCCAAGCGAAAUAGAGGAGCUGUUUUCCCUCGUUAACGAACCGGCCAGCCCGGGGUCGGGGUCUGGAUCCGGUUCGCAGGGUUCGAACCGGGCGGUCCGGUCCUCGCACGAGAGAAAGCUUAGGCGAAUGCAGUCGAACCGGGAGUCGGCCAGGCGGUCCCGCUGGAGAAAGAAGCGGCAUUUGGAGAACCUCAUGAACCAACUGAACCGGUUGAGAAUGGAAAACCAGAAAUAUAGAAACCGGUUAUUCUUAACCAUGCACCAGAAUCUUCUACUCUCCCUGGAGAAUGAACGUCUUAGAUCCGAAUCCAUGACCCUUAUGGCUAGACUCUCGGAUCUCUAUCAAAUUUUAGGCACCAUGAUUUCACAGUAGUAGUGUCACAUAGUGUCAAAUUUUAACUAAAAGUAACAACAACAAAAAGAGACUAUGUGUAUAUGAAUUGAGUACGUACCACGUCGUUUAGCUUACUGUAUAAUAAAUUAAGCUCGUGAUUAUGUACUUACUAGAACCAUUAAAAUUUGGAUAUGGUUACAUGUGUUAAAGUUAGAAGUAGCUACAAGCUAGUUAGAAGCUAGUUCUUAUUGAUUUCAAGCUUUUUAUUAUUUUUUUUCUAAGAUUAUUUUCUCUUUUAUUAUGAAAAGAGGAAAUGUGCAUGGGGUGUUUUCGUGAAACCCCACGUUGUUGGAGAACGUUAGAGAAAUUUAGGGGGUGUCUACUUUUUGGUGUAGUUGCUACUUUAAUUUGUCUUAUAUAUGGUAGCUUUUGUAAUUAAAUUAUAAGAGGUUACUAGUGAGUGAUGGAGCUAUAAAUUAAUAAGAGCUGGCGAGCAUUGUGUAGUGACAA